GUCAGAGCAGGCAAGGGAGGUUGAACCUUCUCAAAAAUGCAAUCAGAUGGAACUUAACAACAAUGCUUAUGUAGCUAACCUUUGCUUUAAUCAGUUUAUGCAUAAAUAUUUAUAAUGUUAACACAUCAUUAAUUAUCAAGAAUAUACUAAGAUAUUGGAGAGCAAUUAUUUGUGUUACUGAGAAUUGUUAUCAAGUAAUACAACCUUUGUUGUGUUCAUAAGUAUUAAAUUACAUAUUAGCUUCCUCAAAAACAAACAAACAAAAUCUAAUAUAUCCUUCAUGGAACUGCAACUGUAUAACCACACAUAAUAACACAAUAAUCAGUCACUUAUAAAGCCAUAUGAAACAUAGGUUUAAAGAAUCAACAUCAGUCAAAAAGUUGGCCUAUGUGAACUCUGUGAUAUUUAAGUGACUAGUAAAGCCUAAGCCAGACAACUGCUGAUUAGAAAAAUGACACAACAUUAUUAUUUUUUUGUUAGUGGCAAUUUUGUGAGUAACUGAAGAAAUCAAGACUAGCAGCACCUCAGAGCAUUUCAAACAAUACAUAUUUCAAAGCUUGCUAAAAAAUCAUGUCUUGCUAACCAUCUCAAUAUUAACUAGUUCUUUAAAUCUUCGUUAACAAAAAACUUCAUCAGUUCAUUAUGUGUUUGUGAGUAUUGUCUACUGAUUAGCAGUGUUGCAAAUUUUAACAGUAGUUUUGUUGCAAAGUUCAUUCAACUUGUGUCAUAAUACUUAGCCCAGCAGUUCAGCCUUCCUGUUUGUCAAUUAGGACUUUUGUGUUUUCCGGCUUCUAAGCACUACAUUGAAAGAUUACAUUUCCAUACUAUUCCAGUAAGUUUGAGGUGUCAUUCGGCCAUACAAUACAGCUGUUUCAAGAACAUACUAUAGUAGGCAUAUUUACAGUACUUGGGUCUUUGAAUAGCCCACGCAGGGUUAUUAGAGGCAGUGUCAUCAACCAUGAUUUGUAGAGGCAUUUAAAAAAAAAAAAGCUUCAUAACAUAUCAAUCCAAAGGCCCCUCCAAGCAUCAGAUCACAUUAGGGGCUAUUUACACAGAAAUCCAGAUAAUCAAGAAUUCAGUAACUUUUUUUCCACUAAUGUAAGUUACUUUUUGUUUCAGCUGAACAGUUCAGUAGCAGUCUUGAUGAUUUGGUAUCAGCCCCAUACACAACAGUGUUUCAUUGUACAUGCUUGUGGGCGCAGUUUUCUCUGCUUUGUGUUUCACUGUUCUCUGUGUUGCAACAGUUUUUCUUUUUUAGGGGGGUCUCAGUCCUGUUCAGUGAACUAUGCAGUCUCCUGGGUAACAGAAAGCAAGAAAGAGUAGGGCAAACGCAAUGACUAAACAGGAAGUGGUCAUACAUACAGAUCUCUGGUGGAUGAAACAGUGAAACUCUUAUCUCCCCGCUCACAAUAGAAGCUUUUUUUUUUUUUACCACACUGAUCACAGCACUAAACGCUUUUGUAAACUCUAACUUCCUUUACAAACUAUGGGUGACAAUUUGCUGUGCUAAAACUAGUUUGUAAAAGUUUAUUACAUAUUUUUCAAGCCUAAGUGUAAAUUUGACAUGUUUUAUAACAACAACAAAACCUAAAUAGUGGUGCAAAACUUGCCACAACAAUGGUAAGUAGUUGGCUUUAGUAUGAGUUGUUUUUCUUUUUUAAUUGUUAAGUGGAUGUAGCUUGUUCUGGGUGAUUAUUUACUGGUACAGAAUACUUCAGUUAUGAUAUUCAGGUCCCUCAUUCAAUGUACAUCUAUGUAAUUUUCAGGUAUAAAUCUAUAUAAGUAAUAGCACACUGCAAAAUUUGAGGACUCGUGGUGUUGGAUGAGGUUAGGGAAUCAGGGACAUGUUCAAGUAUCAGCAAAAAGUGCGUAACAGUGUGUGUUUUGAGAUACAUUUAAGUAGGCUAUUAUUUGGAAAAGUUUUAAAUGUCAUUUAAGGAAAACAGUGAAUCAGUUCUUGAAAACAGAGGAUCCUUGCUUUCCAAUGAUAUUAAGUUGUUUGAAGUCAAGCUUGAACAUAGGAUGUAUGUGUGUGUAAAUUUAAGUAGGCCUAAAGUUAGGUUCUGCCAGGACAGUAUCUAUGCCACCCCUCCCACAGAAACAGAAGCUAUACCAACCACAACCAGCCUAUAUUUAUUUUUUCUCACAGCUUCCACCACUCUAACAGUAGCACCAACCACACCAACCUCUGUAAAGAAAUAUCACCUAAGCAACAGAAAUACUAUAUAUAUAUAUAUAAGCUAGAUGCACGUAGGACUUUAGAGUCUCAUAAUCAAGGAGAUGCCAAAAUUCUACAGUAAUAGAGUCACCCAAGGCCUCCAAAACUCAUGCUGCGUUUGCGUAUGAUGACCACGGGUGGCGCUGUUGAUGUGAGCAACAAUGCAGACUAUAGUUAAGCACCACUAGAUGGAAGCAGGUACUUGCAGAAUAUGCAGUCUUUGGGAUUUUAAAACAUUGAAAAAUAUAAGAAAUAAGGAAUUGAAAGAAAGAAAGAAAAAGAAAAAGGAACCUGAAUGAAGACAUCUCAUGAUGUCAGAUUCACAAACUGUGGCAGAUCCUCUUUUUGAAGGUGCAAAACAUCCAGUAUGUGCUUUCAUUUGCUUUAGGAAAUGACGCAGUUGCUAAUGUGAGUGCUGAGGCGACUGGAGAGAGGAGAGGGCACUAAAGCGCAUCCCUAUCCACCCCGAGACACGUUGCCUAGGUUACACCUCCAGCUGCCACCUGAAGCGAAGCAUCGCACCAUCCGCCUCGCGAAAGACAAUACGUCACACGUCAGCACCUAUUGAAAAGCACACAAAAGGGAUCUCACGAAACAAAAAUAUACUCGGAAGAGAGAGAAUAUUAAGCCACGCACGCACUCAGACCCUCCUCGUUGUGAUUGUCAGUAGAGAGAGGCGGGCCCAUAUGGAGGGCCGCUGCUCGGCUCUGCAGCGACUGCAGCGUCUCCCGCUGCCUGCUCUUCCUCCGCGCGCGUCUCCGCGAGCGCUGUGAUGUGAAUAUUAAUGAUGCUGCGCGAAUCUCCGCGCUCAUUUCCACCGCUUUCACCCAUCUGAGAGACACACAUGGAGGGCUAUUUAUUCGAUACCGCUCAGUGACUCCCGUUGGUUGACUUGGCACGCAGUGUCCUCUGCUUGUAUUGCCAUCUGUAGAGCUCCGUACUGAGCUGCAUGAUUUGUUUUAGGUCCUGAGAGAGGUGUUUGUCACUGUCAUGUGAGCCUAACUUUGCUUUUUUAUACACUGUUUAAAGACAGGACGUCUCAAGAGCAGCAUGGCAGAAGCCCCCGUUGGAGAGGACACACCCAAAGAGAAGGAGAGUGCCACCCCUCUUACCCACGAUCCCCUGCCAGAAGUUGGGGUUGCUCUAUGGGGGAGAGUAUUGAAAGCUAGUGUUACAGCUGGUGCUUUCCUCCUGCUGUACACACUGUCUCAACUCACAGGUUUGUGGGUCCUUUACAUGCUGAAUGGAUACAGGGCUUUUCCAGCAGCGCAUAAAGUUUUGGAUCUCCUUCAGUACCUUCUCUCCACCAGUGAUGCCUAUGAUCAACAGAUGGAGAUAUGGAGGGUGGAAAGCUUGUUGCCCCUCAUAGCCACACUCUUUUUAGGUGUAGUCAUCCUUGGUACUGGAACGCUGUUCUGCAUUAAAACCCUGGUGCCUGGCAACCCAUCUUGCUUCCCUGACGACCGUCGUCAGUCCAUGAGCAGGCAGCCCUCCUUUACAUAUUCAGAAUGGACAGAUGCUAAACAGGAGGAUUUCUACGAGCUGGAUGCUGUUCCGGAGACGCCUGUGUUUGACUGCUUUAUGGACAUGAAGACCGAAGCUGACCCUGUCACUCUCACUGUCAAACCUGUGGGCUUGCAGGAAAGGAGAGGUUCUAAUGUGUCGCUGACGUUGGACAUGUGCACCCCUGGUACUACAGAGCCCUAUGGAGCGCUGCUGUCCCCUAGAGAGCAGAGCACACAGGAAUACCUACAGAACGCAUCCAACCUGCUCACCCCCGAGCAGCUGCACAAGUGCGCACUGGACGACGCUGCACUGCAUGCCGAGUUCUAUGAAACACCCAUGAACUUCGUGGACCCUAAAGAAUACAAUUUUCCUGGCGUGGUGAGGAAGAAUCGCUACAAAACCAUACUACCAAACACGCAUAGCAGAGUUUGCUUAAAAGCAAAAGAAGAAGGUGAUUUUCUCAGCACCUACAUCAACGCUAAUUAUUUGAAGGGCUAUGGAGGGAAAGAAAAGGCUUACAUUGCUACACAGGGUCCAACUGUAAACACAGUGGGGGAUUUCUGGAGGAUGGUUUGGCAGGAGCACUGUCCCAUUAUUGUCAUGAUCACCAACAUUGAAGAAAAAAAUGAGAAAUGCACAGAAUACUGGCCAGAGGACAGUGUCAUCUGUGAAGAUAUCGAGAUCACUGUCAAACAGGUCAUCCAGGCAGAUGACUACAGUCUAAGGAUUUUCACUGUGAAGGUUCUUGAUUUCACAGUUGUCGCAGGAGAAGCCAUACUGCAGGACUGUGCCUCAAAACCUCUGACAGAAUUUCAUCAGAUUGCAAUGAGUGAGGGUGAGGAGCGCACUCUCAGACAGUACUGGUACACAUCCUGGCCAGAUCAGAAAACUCCAGACAAGGCCCCGCCUCUUUUGGAGUUGGUUAGGGAAGUGGAGGAAGCGAGGAAACAUGCUCCGCCCAACAGUGGCCCUGUCAUUGUCCACUGCAGUGCAGGGAUUGGACGCACUGGCUGUUUCAUUGCUACCUCUAUCUUGUGCCAGCAGCUAAGCAAUGAAGGGGUGGUUGACAUCCUGAAGACUACUAGCCAGCUACGCUUGGACAGAGGAGGCAUGAUCCAGACAGCGGAGCAGUAUCAGUUUGUUCAUCAUGUACUCAGCCUGUAUGAAAGACAGCUUCGGGAGACCUCAGAAGAGUAAAGCCUCCAUGAGCGCACAACCUUCACACCACUCCUCACAGAGCAGUUGACCUUCAUCUGAACACAUGGGGCAGGGACUGACCCUCAGUACCUCAAGUCUCAUGUCUUCAAACACAACAGAAGUUUUAGGAGCAGACCCAAUAUUAGAUUUUAGCUGAGUCCAAUCUCCAAUACCUAAUUCCCACCAAUCAGUUAUUAAAUAUACUUUGUCUUUUUUCUUUACCAUAACAGUAACAUAAAGCAGUCAGUUAUGUCAUACACAAGUACUGCCCACAUAAUAACACUCAGCAGACCAUCAGUGCUCAAACGCGACAAUGUUUGAAUGCGUGCAUACUUCAUACACAGUGGUAUGAACACAAUAAGAAGCAGACACCAAGGCCUCCAUUUAUGAUGUAAAUUAACAUUAGGUUUAGGGACCUCCUCAAUUUCUGAGCCUACAAAUACAGCAAUUUUCCUUUUACUGCUAAGACAUUUUUACAGGAUUUAUAACUCAGUGUUAAGAUGAGAUUUGUUGUAAAGUGUGCGUGUACAUGUUGAAAGAUCAACCUCUUGGCAAUCUGAACAUCAGUAUGUUUGUGUGUGCAUGUGUGUGUCACAGAAACAGAAGGGGAGAGAGAGGUACUGUUUACUACAUGUUCGAUGAUUAUCAGAACUCCGGAUGUGCGGUUGGUCUCUAGAAGAGGUUAGCCUACCACAUUUAAUACAAAAUGGCCUUAAUAUGUGUCUUUCUGUUCGUACUGGGGUCUGUACGGUUGUGUGUAAAUGUUGUCGGGCAGAGCUAAAGGCAGUGUGGUGUUACAGCCUGUCAUCGUCUCAUUCGGUAAGACUGAGAGAGGCACAGAGACUGAUCUCCGUACAUUUUCCCUCAGCAAACCUUUGCCUUCUCGAUUUGCGUGUUGUCGGACGCUAUAUCGUGUGAAACAUUUUAGUUGGACUCUAAAAAGCAUUGAUGCUGCACCUCAAGGUUUUAUGUAUCAAGAUGCCGAAACACUGUAUCCAACUAAUGUUAAAUUUGUAAAUCACAGCUUGUAUCAAUAGCAGAAAUCAUGACAAUAUAGUUAUAUAUAGUUGUGAUGUUUUUUUGCUGAUUUCUGUUUAUUUUCUGAGCUUGUUUUACUCUGGUUACGUUUAACAUUGUUUAUAUGUGGGUCUGCGUAUCUGAUUAGUUAAGACGUAUAAUCAGUAUUUGCCCGAGUUGGCAGCUCGUACAGCUUUGCUGAGACUUGCAGUUUGCAUGAGCAAGUACAUUUUGAGCUUCUUUUUAAUUAUGAGCAAGGAAAUGUUUAAAUUAGAAGCAGACAUCUGUGUGUGAUUAUGUGCAAACGUUUCUGGUACAGCAGAGUGUCUGCUGUUGGAAUAAGCAUCUUCUGUCCGACGGACUCAUGUGAUCCAGCUGGAAGUACCAAUGCAAGCUCUCCUCUGAAUUUCUUUAGACAGUACUGCUACCACCCUUAUUGUCUCCAGUCGUUCUCGAGCUAGUCAUAUGUCCUCAAAAUGAUGUUUCCUUCCAGGCAGCUCUGAGCUGAAAUUAGGAGGUUAACAGAAGCUUGAAAACACCUCCUUGUUACACAAGAGAUUGUACUUUUUUUUGUAAGUGUUGUUAGUUCAAGGCCUCAUGAUAGUUUGCCAGAAAUGAGAAUGGGCCUCAUUCAUGAAACAUUCAUAAAUAUAGGAGUAAAUUCGGAGUAAUUUGCGCAUAAAACGGACCUUCCCGAAAACUCUCCUCUGGGUUCACAAACGCUUCGUAAACUUCCGAUUUGAUGGUUAAACAUGAUUAUGUUAAUGAAUUCCAAUCAUUCGUAAAUAGGGCGCUUGUGCACGCUCAUUCACAAUUAGCAUAAUCCCCGCCUAUGAAUUACAACUGAGCAAAUUUCGUGUCCAGGAACGCAGUGGAAUAUUCUGGUCUGCUUUCUCAGGUUUGGCUCCAGUAUAUUGCAUAAAUGCAAAAAAGACUAAUAGGCCAUAUGCCUAACAAUAAAUAUUCAAUUAACGUGUCCAUCAAAGCGUUUAGCCAGGUGCUCUUCUGAAAACAGCCAGCCGGUGGCGCUUGAGAAUGCUUUGGUGGCACAGCGUUUCUCCAGCUGAGAUGCUUUGGUUGCUAUGAUUACUAAGAAUAUCCAUGGCAGUAACAUAUUACUAGUAUCUCAUUUUGAAGAAUUACUGAUUUAUAUUACUGAAUAUAAAAAUGCAGUAACCAGCAAUAUUAACUUCUCUAUUGUUGUUUAGUUGUUGUACAAGUAGGAUGAUUGGUCGGUACCCUGAUAGUACACAUACAUCUCGGAGAAGUCUAUUUGACAUCUGUAUUUACAUCUGCAAGACGUAUUUUUUAGAGUGUUUGCUCAUCUGCAAUACGUCUAUAGGACGUCUCCUGUCAGAUGUCAAAUAGAUGUCUAUUAGAUGUCUUUAAGAUGUUUAAGAUUUAGAAAGUAUGUAAAACUGACAUCUGAAAGACGUCUGUUAGACGUUUGUAGACAGCAGAUGCUUUCCAGAUCAAGAGAUCUGUAACAGACAUCUUGCAGACAUACGUGUGCUAUCUGGGGUGUAGUAUUUGUCCCGCCCCUCCUCCAUUGAUUGGACGGCUGGGUAAAAAGUGACAGUGACAAGCAUGUUUUACCCAAAGCUAAACAGUUGAUCAACUCUCAGCUAAAAAUAAAUAAAUAAAAAAGAAAAGAUAAGAGCAAACGAACUUGUAAAAUAUUAUAAUGGCAGUGCAUCAAAAUUCAGUGUAAUCAGUUUUCCAAAAAGAACACAGAAUGUUUUACGCACCAUUUACACAGGUGUAGGGAGCAGGUGUACAUUUCUUUCUUACCAACUAAAACAAAACAAAAUAUGAACACUUUCUUGAAUCCGAAGAUUUACGUCAGAACAGCUUUACGAACGAUUUACACAAAAAUUCGUUCUGCUCGUGUUUCAUGAAAGAGGCCCAAUGACUCUCAUUCACGUGCUUUAAUCGCUGCUGUUAUAGUCUUUUUAUUAUUGCAUAACUGCUUUCGUGUUUUAGUUGGUACUGAGUAAUUGAAUUUUAGCAUUUGUUUUUAAUGAACUGGCAUAUUAGUCCUAUUUACUGAAAGAGUUUUGUCUGUUUUUGUGCUGUUACUAUACUGCCAAAGACUGUAGUGAUUGGUCCAUACCACAAAACCUGAACAAUCUGAAUUCUGUAUUUACAAACUUUGAAAACUGAAGUUUUAACACCAACACGUGGAAUUGUGUACAUGUAUGAAACCAGCAUUUAUAUAUUUUUAAAGUGAAAAUCUGAAUUCGCAUUGUAAAACCUGUUCUCUGACUUACACAACCUUUCCUGAUCAGUUUGUUAUCUUUUCUUAUUUAUUUAAAUUCUAUUUAUUAAUUUGAAUUAUACAGUAUACACGUUCAAAGGUUUGGGGUCCGUAACUUUUUUGUUUCUUUGAAAGAAGUCUCUUGAGGCCACAUUUAUUUGUUCAAAAAUACAGUAAAAAGGAAAAUGUAAUUUAUUCCUGUGAUGGAAAAGCUGAAUUUUCAGCAGUCAAUAGUCCAGUCUUCAGAAAUUAUUCUAAUAUGCUGAUUUGGUGCUAAAGUAACAUUUCUUAUUAUUAGCAAUGUUGAAAACCGCUGUGCUACUUGAUAUUUUUGUGCAAACCAUGAUAAAUAUUUUUUCAGGAAUCUUUGAUAAAUAGAAAGUUCAAAAGAACAACAUUUAUUUACAAUAGAAUACUGUUGUAACACUGUGCAAGUCUUUACUGUAACUUUUGAUCAAUUGAAUGCAUCCUUGCUGAAAAAAAGGAUUAAACAAAUCUUACUAACCCCAAACUUUUAAAUGGUCCAGUAAAUUAUUAUCCCUCUGUAUCAUUUUCUGGAACUAGUUUCUCAAUUGAACAUCUGUGCCUUGCUUCCAGUCAAACAGCUAUUUUUUUCCCACCUGAGAUCUUUCAUCUUAGACCGCAUACGAGGACGCAGUUUUUGUCCCUUAAUGUGAAACUAAUACAAAAUUGUUCUUGUGAGGUCCAAGUGAGUGAGAAAACAGGUUUUUAUCAACAAUGGUCAAUUGACUCCCUUAGAGGAAUGUAAACACAAGCUCUAUUUACAGCAUUUAUGUCAAUUAUCAUGAAAAUAUUUUAGACUUUCUUUUAAAAAACACAAAAGUCAUAGUUUUGACAGAAUCGCUUGCUGACAAUCUUUCAGUGACUGGUAUAGCCUGUAAAAGCAUUCACUUUCACAUGUUAUGUGUAUCUGAAUGCAUAACCAGAAGUUCAUCUACCUGGAAAAGUAUUUUCUGAGGUAAUCAUCACUAUAAUGGCGCAAAUGCUGUGGACAGUUCAAACCAGAACAUUCCUUAAAGGAAUAAUUUUUGAAAUGUUGAACCGAAUCUCUGUGUGUCUGUUACAUGCUGUUUGCCACCCUGAUGGCCGUUUACUGGUUUUGUACAUUGUCUACCAGGACAACUUUGUUGAACAUUUCCAAAGUCAUCAAACUAUGGGACUAUACUGUUUUAGGUCAGUGAAUUCAUUCACGGUGAGGAAAUUCUAUUCUAAAGUGACAGAGUAAUGCAGGUCGUCAGUAGCCUUAAUCACACAAAUGAAUCCUGUUUUCAUUGGGUGUACCAAUUUAUUACUUUGAUAUCAAAUAAAACGAUUUCACGUUGAAUCAAUGUUAUAGUUCAAAGACUGAGAGAAGGGCUAAUAUAGCAGUUUAGAGAAGUCAUACCCCUCCCCCAGCUCACUGCCCACUCACUCUCAGUCGGACCCAACUUCCUACAGAACACUCCAUCUGUCGGGCCCGUCUGCGUUGCCAGAGAAGAGUAACAGACACACAGGCACCAGCAAACAAGUAUAUCAUUAUAUCAUACACACAAAUUAGAUCCUGGGCCAAACUAUCUUGGAUUAUAUCCACGUAACAGUGAUUUUAAUAUAUUUAAAAGAGAGUGUGCUGUUUUAUGUUUAAAUGGAUAUUAAUUUAAUCAUCAUGAACGACUCACUACCAGCAUAGUAUGUCUUUAUGCACUACUGUACAAAGCUAAAACAAGCACAAAGAUGAAAUACUGAUUUUAUGAAUGUGAAUGCAGAGGCUUGAGCCUCGGCUGUCUUAAUUGCUCAUAUAUUUCAAUGCCACCUGAGUAUUUGACCUUUUGCUUCUUCAAUCACUCAGAAUAUUUUCAAGAUUUUUAUUUUCUAGAAACCAUGUGUUUAGCAGUGUUUUAAUAUUUUCUGCUUAUUUAUUGUCCUGUGGUUUUGGUUGAAAUGUUUGGCACCGGCCCUUUGAUCUCAAAAAAAGAAGAAAUGUUUUGGUUUAAUUUUAAUCCUGUUCUAUAGUGAAAUAGAUGUGGUUUGAAAAUUCAAUUUGCCUCAUUGCUUUCGUAUUGUUCCACUGCUGUUGAAUCCAAAUAGAAUGUAACAUGACUAAGUUUACAAUAUUAUGGCUUGUAUAAUUGGUAUAAGCUUUAAUUUUUAAAUAAAAAUACAUUUCUGUUAAUCAGGACCAUGGGAUGAUUGGACUUUGAUUGACAUGGAGACAAGGUGCAUAGACAUCAGGUUAUACAUCUAAGCUGCAAAAUCACAGCACAAGUGCAAUCCUAAUUCUGAGCCUUCUGAUACUGGGGAACACCUUUUUAGUGUAUGUCGUGCUCUGUGUGAAUGAGAGCAUAAAAGAAAUGUUGAGCAGGGCAAAACUGUGUAACUACCUAAAAGAAAAUCAUAAUCUUUGUCUCGGUGGGGGAAAUAUUUUCACUCUUGAAUGUAGUAUUUUACAAAUAGUUCUCAAUUCCCCGUGAUUAAAAUGACUCUGGUCACCUGUAUGUAAUGUGUUUUUAUUUGCCACUGAUAGUUCUUGGCCAAUUAGUUAGAAAUGUGCAGGGUAACACUGAUGGGAGUGGUUAAAGGAAAUAAAUAUGAUGCAAUCAUUUAUUCUGUGGAGCUGCCAGGGACCAGCCUCUUUCUGUAUUAGCAUCUUCCAACCAGCAGAAGGGGCUAGAGCUACAGUACAGACACAAACCAUCAGUUCUGGUGUAUAAUUUAGUCUGAUUUUUAAUGUUAAUGACUGAUCCU